AUGGAGAAAUCUCCACACGACGAGAAGGUUGAGGGUGCUUCGUCGCCACCAGCGUUUCCUGAGACGGAGAAGUCUCCUGAAGUCAAGAAAAUACUUUUCAAGACUGAUAUUAGGAUAUUGCCAAUUCUCGCUUUAUUGUUUCUAUGCUCGUUUCUCGAUCGAACCAAUGUCGGAAAUGCGAAAAUUGUUGGGCUCGAAUCCAACACAGGCAUUACCGACCAUCAAUAUGAUAUAGGGCUAGCAGUUUUCUAUUUGUUUUAUGUUUGCAGUGAAUUGCCGAGUAAUCUAGUCCUGAAAAAAGCUUCUCCGAGAAUAUGGCUACCAUUCUUGACAAUCUUGUGGGGUAUCAUCACCAUGUGUCUUGGCUUCAUCAAAGGCUUCGGCUCCUUUGUCGCCGUCCGGGCGCUACUUGGUAUCGCGGAGGGAGGUUUAUUGCCAGGAAUGGUCUUGUAUCUAUCAUCCUUCUAUAAACGAUCAGAUCUUGCACUCCGAAUCGGUUUGUUUUACACCGCAGCUUCUCUAUCGGGUGCCUUUGGCGGUCUUUUAGCUAGAGGACUGAUUGAGAUCGGCCCGCGUGGAGGCCUCGAGGGAUGGAGAUGGAUCUUCAUCAUUGAGGGCUUAUUGACUGUCGUAUGCGGCAUAAUUGCUGCUAUUGGCCUACCAAACAAUCUUGAAACAGCUAGAUUCUUGACUCCUAUCGAACGUGAGAUCGCGUUGGAAAGAAUCCGUCAAGACCGUCCCUCCCAGGAUGUCGGAAGCAAUGUCGAGCAUGAACCUUUCAAAUGGUCCGAAGUCAUUCGCGGUGUCACCGACAUCAAAAUGUGGCUUUCGGCAUCUGCGUAUUUUGCCAUUCUGUCGGGACUGUACUCGUUUGGUCUGUUCUUGCCAACCAUCAUCAAGGAUUCUGGCUUCACGACGAACGCCAAUAAAGUACAGCUAUGGUCUGUCAUUCCUUAUGCAGUGGCUACAGUAUUUACUGUUAUCGUCGCGUUCCUUUCCGACCGUCUCAAGCUCCGUGGCACUCUGAUGCUCUUCACCCUCCCAUUUGCCAUCAUUGGCUAUGCCGUCAUUGCAAACACCUCCAACGCCCAGGUCGGAUACGGAAUGACCUUCCUCAUGUCUACCGGUUUGUAUGCUAGUGUCCCAUGUGUUCUUGUCUGGAACUCAAACAAUUCCGCCGGUCACUACAAGCGUGCCACGACAUCAGCGAUGCAGCUGGCAAUCGCAAACUGUGGUGGAUUCGUGGCCACUUUCAUUUAUCCUGCAAAGAAUGCACCUCGUUAUCAUCGGGGACAUACCGUAAUCCUCAGUUUGUUGGUUGCGGCUUGGUUUUUGAUCUUGUUCAAUGUCCUCUAUUGCCGUAAAGUGAACAAAGACAAGGCAGAUGGAAAGUACGACAAGUAUGUUGGAUACAAUGAUGACCGCGACCCGAAGUUUGUUUUUAUUCUGUGA